AUGCAACAACAACAAGAUCCAGUUGUAACUAAAUUUAGAGUUAAAAAACCACAACUAAUAAAAUCAAAACCACCAACUACAAUAGAUGAGAAUAAAAAAGAUACUUCAAAAUUAACUAGUUGUUUACGUUGUAGAAAAUUGAAAAAAAAAUGUGGUAAACAACAACCAGAAUGUUCAAAUUGUGAUAGAGCUGGUGAGCAAUGUACGUAUGUUCCAAGAAAGCAAAGACAAUCAAAAGAACCAAAACAGAAAAAAGAUUUAUUAUUUGUUGAAAUUCAAUCAGUAUCACCAAAUAUAGAAAUGGAAUCAACAACUGAUAAUAAUGAAGCACCUACCCCAGAUUUACCAUUUUUAAAAAGAACAUCGCCGAUGGAUAAUGUAGUGUCUCCAGUUAUAGAAAAUAAUACAUUAUCAUCACCACCCCCACCAUCAUAUUUAAAUUCAAUAGAUGCAAGAGCACCAAAUUUUAAUUCAUAUCCAAAACAAAUAUCAAAGAUCUUAAUUACUGCUGUGGGGAUAAAGACAAAUUCAAAUGUAAGUAUUAUACCACCAAUAGUAGAUAGAGAAUUAUUAUCAAGAAUUAUAAAUGCUUAUUUCAUGCAUAAUCAUAGAGUAUGUCCUGUUGUUAAUAAGAAUGAAUUUUUACAAAAUUUUAAUAAAAUUUUUGAUGAUGAUAUUGCUUCAUUAGAUGCUUAUCCAGAUCAAUAUGAAUUAUAUAUGAUACUUGCAAUUGGAUCAACUGGGUUAGAAAGGACAGGUAUAAUAGGAAGAGAUAAAAAGAUAUCUGAAUAUUUUGUAUCUAUGGCUUUAAAUUUUGUACAUAAUAAUUUAUCAAGUAAUGAUAAAAAGAAUUUAAAGAAUUUGAUUUUAUUAGCAUUAUAUUCAUUAUUUAAUCCUGCUGAGUUUAUAACUUGGGAAAUUUCAGGUAAAUUAACUAGAAUGGCUAUUCAUUUAGGUCUAAAUCAAAAAAUAUCCGAUGGUGAUUCUAAAAAUUAUACAAUUCGAGAAGUUGAAAUGAGGUCCAGAUUAUUUUGGGCAGUUUACAAUAUUGAUAGAUUGAGCUCUGUUUCAUUAGGUAGACCAGUAGCUAUAAACGAUGAUGAUAUAAAUGUACCAUUCCCACAAAAUUUGGACGAUGAUUUUGAUGAUAUAAUUGUGAGUCAAUUAAUUAUAAAUUUGAGGAGAAUAGAAGGUCAAAUAUUAAGAAGAGUACAUUCAGUCAAUGUAAAUAAUGAUAAAGAAAAUUGUAAUAAAGUGUUAUCUGAAAUUAGAGAUGAAAUUGAAAAAUGGUACCUUCAAGCAAAAUCACUAGAUAAUAAUUCAGUUCAAAAUAGAACUCAACAUCCAUUAACUUUCCAUGCUCAAGUACCAUGGUAUAGUGCAAGAUAUAAUCAUUUAUUAAUUUUAUUGUAUCGUCCAUCAUUUUUAAAUCCACAUCCAUCACAAGACAUUUUAAAUUUAUUAGGAAAAGCAUGUUUAGAAACAUUAUCAAGUACUUAUAAAUUAUUCAUAACUAAAUUAUUACCAUUAAAUUGGACAACAUUAUAUAGAUUUUUAAUGGUUUGUACUACCAUUUUAUAUUGUUUAUGUAAAUGGGCAAUUGAUUUAAUUGAAUCAAAAACUGAAAUAUGUUAUUGUAUUGAAAUUUUUCAAGCUUUUGGAAGUGACUGGAUAGUUGCAAAGAAAUGUUCAGAAGUUUUUAAAAAAAUUGAAAAUAAAUUAUUGGAAAUAACAUUAACUGAUGGUCAUACACAAGAUAUGGAUAAUUUAUCAAAAGAGUUAUUAGGAGCAAGUUCAUCAUAUCAUGAGAUUUUAAAUGUUCAUUCAGCUGAUUUAUGUAUUGAUAGUGAAUUUAUGUAUAGUUUUUAA